UAAAAUUAUAUUGUCAAAAUUUUGACGAUUCAUAUUUUUUUUUGUUUUGGAUGAGGUCACGUAUAUAAAAAUUGUAAGAAAAAUCAUAGUUGUUGGUGUUGAUUCAAUGUAAUUUUGGGGAGUAGGCAAGACAAAAAAAAUGACGGACCUACAAUUUGCUCCACUUCGCGAUUUAAAUGACUUUGUACUGUCGAGUGCUUCUUUUGGCCUACCCAGUGUUAAUGAUCUCGAGAAGUGGGGCAAUCGUGUGGUGAAAAAUCUCCUGUACUACCAAAGCAAUUACUUCUGCACUGCUGCACUUGUUUGGGUCCUCUUACUCCUUCUGAAUCCUCGAGAAUUUUUGCAGGCAUUGCUCGUUGGAAUAGGUACAGCAGGAGGUACCAAAAUUGUUCUUAUGCGCCAUGGAGACAUCUUUGGGGACUUUCGACGCAUCGUUGGAAUUGUUUGUGUGAUAGCAUUGCUUAUUCUCUAUCUUCUCGAUCUCAUGUUGUUUGUUCUUCUCACCGUUUUGUUGCCAUUCUCAGUGAUCUUCGUACAUGCUUCAUUAAGGCUGAGAAAUACUAAAAGCAAGGCCGUCAACACGUUUCAGGCUACUCAACUCAAGAGAACCCCCAUGGGUAUCUUUCUUUCUGCCAUGAAUCUCGUGCCAGAGAAUGCGUGGUUCAACUAAUAAAUUAUAAAUAGUCAUUACAUUUAAAAGAAAGAGAAACAAAAAUUAUUAUUGCCCAAAAAUAAAUUGAAUUUGCUUGCGAAAAAAA